AUGUCGUGUGAAGAGGUGCAAAUGCACGAAAAGCAUGAAGCUACUGCGAAUAUCAUCGGCAAGAAGAAUCGACGAAAUAUGUUCGGACGCAAGAUGCAGGCAAAGAAGGAGAACGAAACGCAUGUAAAUACAGCUACCACUGGAUCCCGCGCUCCAGAAACCAUCGACGACUCGAAUAAACACGGACUAUGGCGCAGAAUGAAGAAGGGCAUCAAGAAGAUGCUUGCCCCGCGAGAACGCAAAACCGCUCCUCACGCCUCAGACCUCCAGACCGGCUUUCACUGCGCAUCAAUUAGCUGUCCAUCAUGCGCCCUCCCGCCCGCAAUCCCACCAGCACUCGAACUCAGCCUGCACGCGCUGUCCACACCCCUCAUAGCCCACCCGAUCACCGAGACUACUUCUCUAUCAUCAGGGCUUACUACAUUUACCUCUUCCUCCUCCGCCUCCUCGACAUCGAGCCCCAAGCUUCCGACAAUCCACAUCCCGCCGGCUUCCUCAGAUAUCGAGGUUUCGCCCACAAGCAGCGCGAUGCACGACAUCUUCGCCGACUUCAACGGCGUGUACUGCAGCACUGACACGCUGGACCCGAUCAGGCCCGUAUCCGCAUUCGUUGAGAAAAUACAGGGCACAAGACCAUCGAGUUCGCUUCCGGGUAUGUGCUUGGAUUCGACUGGACCUUGUUCACCGCCACACGCUCUUCCUCUUCUGCGGCUCGAUGGGCCUUCGGAGAUCGGGCGGGAUGUGUCGAGUCGGACUUCUCUCCCUCUUUUGCAGUACGCGUCUACGCCGCCGACGCGGUUUGUGUCUUCAAGCACAUCGGCCUCGAGUCCGGCAGGUACAUGGCCAACGCGCCAUCUUGACACGCCGUGUCCGACGCACCGCCAGAGCGUGUGGUCGUUUGAUCUUGUGGCGCCGGAUAGUGCGUUUGAGGCGGUGGGGAAUAAGGGGGAUGGAGAGGAGUAAGGUGAGGGGAUUGUGUUUUUCGUCUUUGUGCGCGUUGUUUGGAGUUUGUUGAAUAGACAGAGAUGGAGAAGGGAAUACGUAACUGGGGAGUUGGACAAUGCAGAUUCAAGAACCUAUUUCAUUUCAUAUUGUGGGAAUCGCAUAGUGAGGAUAUACCUCUGCACUCGUAAUCUCGGUGUGGCACCUUCUGUUUCGCAACUCCGCAAUCAUUACCGCUCCCCGUCCUCUCGUCUCGAGCUGUAGGGCUUCACUACCACAAUGAUGGAGUGCUCGCAACCCCAGCUAAUCGUGAUACAAAGGUUGGCGUUCGAUGACGUAGCGCUACUCGUCAUCUUCAAGUCCUUCCAAUAAAGUAUGCUCAAGGACAUCACUCAGCGUGAGGAUGCCCUUGAGUCUGCUUUCCGAGUCGAUGACAACGAAGCGGUGAACGCGUGAUCUGCGGAUGGUGUCGUAUAUCGUGGACAUGUUGUCUGAUAAUGAGCAUGUGAAGAUGCCAGGGAAGUCCUGCUGAUGU